ACGCGUCGCGACUUUUAUUUUAAAAUUGCGCAUCCGGCUUGACUUCCGACUGGUCGUGACCGGAAAUGACGUCGAAGUCGACGCCGGCAGCUCCCCAUUGCUCUGGUGAGCCUCCUUCACACUUCAGAUAAUUGCGACCGGACCGCGGUGUCGCUGUCAUCAUGGCUCUGUACGAAUAUGUCACUCAGGAGCAGCUCUCCGGUUUUGAUAAAUAUAAGUACAGUGCGGUGGACACCAACCCGCUCUCCAUCUACAUCAUGCACCCCUUCUGGAACUCCAUGGUGAAGAUCUUGCCCACAUGGCUGGCCCCUAACCUCAUCACCUUCACUGGGUUCAUGUUCCUGGUGCUCAACUUUGCCAUCUUAUCCUUCUACGACUUUGACUUCUACGCAUCAGCGGAGGGUCAUGCACACGUGCCAACUUGGGUUUGGAUAGCCGCGGGCCUCUUCAACUUUCUGGCAUACACACUAGACGGUGUGGAUGGGAAGCAGGCUCGCAGGACGAACUCGAGCACUCCUCUGGGUGAGCUGUUUGACCAUGGCCUGGACAGCUGGGCGUGUGUGUUCUUCGUGAGCUCCCUUUACUCUGUGUUCGGGCGUGGCGAGAGCGGGGUCACCGUGCUCACACUCUACGGCCUGCUCUGGGUCGUCCUCUUCUCUUUCAUCCUCUCACACUGGGAGAAAUACAACACCGGCGUGCUCUUCCUGCCCUGGGGCUACGACAUCAGCCAAGUGACAAUCUCUAUCGUUUACAUCGUCACGGCUGUGGUCGGAGUGGAGACAUGGUACAAACCACUGAUCUGGAACAUUCUCUACAGAGACCUCUUCAUCGUCAUGAUCCUGGGUUGUUUGUUUGCUGUAACGUUACCAAUGAGCCUUUACAACGUCUUUAAGGCGUAUCGCAGCAACACACUGAAGCACAGCUCUGUGUACGAGGCCCUCCUGCCCUUCUUCUCGCCCAUUCUCCUCUUCAUCCUCGCCACUCUGUGGGUCAUCCUGUCCCCGAGCAACAUCCUAGAGCUGCAGCCCAGAAUCUUCUACCUGAUGGUGGGAACAGCCUUCGCCAACGUUACUUGUAAGCUGAUCGUGUGUCAGAUGAGUAACACACGCUGCCAGCCUUUGAGUUGGCUGUUGGUGCCGAUGGUGUUGGUGGUGUUGCUGGUGAUCUGCGGCAUGGUGCAGGAGAGUGAGACGGUGCUGUUGUACGUGUGCACGGCUGUGGUCAUCCUCGCACACAUACACUACGGGGUUUCAGUGGUGACACAGCUGAGCGGUCACUUUAAGAUCUAUGCGUUCUCGCUGAAGAAGCCCUGCUCGGACUGACAGGAGGAGGAGAAGAUUGGCCUGACGGCGGCGGAGGUCUAAGCCGUCACGGCGUUCUCCUCGACCCACCGACGGCGAGCCCAUCACCGCCGAGACACACCUCGAACUAGGAAACCAAAAGCUGCUGACUGAACACGCCCUCUCCAGCCCGGACACGCAGGACGUAGCGAUGUGGAAGAACUGCGUGACUGGAUUGGGCGGGGCUGUUCGGCUUCUCCGGUGUCCGCUGAGCAGAUUCACUUGUUUCCUACGGAAAUGCACUUUCAGCCAAGAUACGGGAGCAUACAUCCAUGUUCUUAAACCUACAACCCCCCCCCCAAAAAAGAAACAAAACAAAACAACACACAUACACAAACAAACACACACACACAAAUGCAUGCUCAUUCACACACAGCAAGCCACGUGGUAUCACAUUAAAUGAAUGUUUUGUACAUUUGUGCCUUGGGCCAUUUUAUUUUGAUUUAUUUCUGGCUUAUUUUUAGCCUCAAAACGUUAAAAAGCUACUGAGAGGGGAGUUUUUCUAAUUUCUGGCAUUAAAGGAUCAUGGUGUAGAAAAAGGGGGUUGAGUAGCGGACUUUAUUAUUGGAGGGAAUCUGGGAUGGAUUAGUACUUUCUUGUGGUGUUUUAUUGGACCUCUGUAAAGAAAAUGCCGUGACACAGAGCAUCAGGUGGAGCAUCAGCUGUAAUAAACCACUCCUGUAACACGUGGUUUUAUGGGGCCUGACCUUUGACCCGGCGUCCCCAACGAACCUCAGACGCCUCUUCUUCUUCUUCUUUUGGUUUGUUCGUUGUUUACAUUGGUGUGUCAGCCUGCCCAGUUUGAAUUGUUUUCUUUACUAGUGAGCUUUUAUUGAGUUUAUUUGUGCUUAAAUGAAGAGUGCGCUUUAAAGCCUGUGCAGGAGAGGGCGCACUCUGAGUACUCCGUUCUCUAAACGCAAUAAAAGCGCUAGUCCUCUCGCCUUUUCUUUCCCUUUCUUCUGGUCUUUCUUUUUUUUUUUAAAUUGUUAUUUAAAUUAUGAAUAAUUUGACUCCAGCUUGUCCAAAGUGUUUGUGUUUGUACUAUAAUGUAUGGGGUGUGUGUGUGUGUGAGAGAGAGAGGGAGUGUCUUAACUCUGGACACUUCAUGGUACUGUCAUCAUGGGAUCAGGAUCAGUCUGUGAAAUCCAAUAGUUACUACUUGUCAUUGCUGAUGUAAUAUAAUGUAUUAUCACCAUGGUUACUGUUCUAAUCAUUUUUUUGUUUUGUUUUGUUUUUAAUGAUAUUAAACCUCUGAGAUCCUCCAAGGGGUGUGAAUGUGACCUCAGUGCCCACUGGAGCACAAGUAUGCAUAAACAGACUGCAGAAAAUUGUCCUUCCCUCGAAACACAACUCAAAAACCCCUCAUUUUCUUUUUUGGGACGUUCAUGAUUAAACGGUCACGUUCCGCUGACUGCGUAACAGCUGAAACUUUAUUUAAUGAAUACUUCUGAGCGAGGUCAGUACCCUAGUGUAUAUCAGGGCUGUUUAUUUGAUUUGAUUUCACAUAUUAGUCAAUAAUAAGGUGCUCUAAUGUCAGGUUCCUGAAAGUGAUGCAGUUUGUUUAAAGGAGAACUCGGUCUAGAGCGUUUUUCAGUCUAAUAUCUAUCUGCGGCUCUGUAGCGUACAUGUUGGUUUACGUGUGGAUGAGAAUUUCGGCAAGUUUUCCUGUUCUCCGAAAACGACAGCAAACCCGUUUAUGCAAACCUUAGUUAGAAUUUAAGUCUAAGGGCAGAUGUUGAAUUUCUUCAUCAAUUAAAAAGUUAACAUGAAAUGAAGUCUAGCAAUAAAAGUUAGAAGGUGAGAAGGACACGAGAUUUGUACCUCAGUUCUUCUAUUGAUAACAUUAGUUCUAUAUCUGAGGGAACAAAUGCUCCAAAUUUAGAGCUAUCCCUUUAACGAAUUUGUGAAAGCGGUCCACAAAAAUACUUUUGUGCAAAUGUAUCGACCGCUCCCACAUCUGCCCUUAGACUUUCAAUAUAAGUGAGAUUAGAGUAAUGGGGGUUUUUUUUUUUGUUGUUCAUUUCCCAGUACGGCGAUUUUAAACAAUGUUUAAGUUUUUAAUCUGUGCUAAUCGCACUACAGAUUGGUUAGGAUGGACAUGGAGUUGAAAAUCGCUCGAGUAUUCCUUUAACGGUUUUGCUACUUAUUAGCCGGGUUUUAUUACACUGUAGUGCUGAAAUCUCUGAGCAGAACAGCUUACUGUAUAACAUAUACUUGGAUGUAGUGCUAGUAGUGCUCUGUCAAGUUUCAGGACCAUCCCUUAAAAAUGUGACCUUCCUGUAACUGGAUCGGGGCACACCAGAGAAAUUUUUUUUUUUUUAAACUGCUAAAAAUACUCGUGUUCGAUCUUACUAUGUGUUUGUAAUCAAAUUGUUUUUCAUUUUUUCCCUGUGUGUGUGUGUGGUUUUUUUUUUUGUUAAGCAAAAUGCUCACUAUGAUCCACUAAAUAAUUGGUGUGAUGAAGUGCAGAUGUACUGUAUUAAACGAAAAAAGCCCUAUUAAAUGAAAGCAGAUCAUCAAACAUG